UGAUGAUCAGACUUUUUAGUAAAUACAGUGCUUCUUCAUAAAAAAUGGUGACAUUCUUUUUUAAAAAUAAAGAUAAUUCCUUAACAAAGGUUACAGCUCCAAUUGGAUAGAAUUUAUUAUAAAUCGCACAUAAAAACGAAGUUGAUUUAGAAGGAGCAUGUGAAUAAUCUCUAGCCUGUUCUACUUGUCAUGUAAUCUUACCAAGUAAUAUAUUUGAAUUUGAUAUAGAAUAAUUAUAUGAUAAAUUGACAUAGCCUAUACCUGAAGAAGAAGAUCUCUUAGAUCUAGCUUAUGGAUUGACAGAAACAUCCAGACUAGGAUGUUAAGUAUAAGUUGAUGAGAAAUUUGAGAAUGUUAUAAUAUAAUUACCAAAAGCUACAAGGAAUUUCUAUGUUGAUGGUCACAAACCUAAACCUCAUUGA